GCGAAAUGGCGACGGCUGUGUGAGGCAGUCGGGCGUGUGUGUUGCUGUCGUGCGCCGCUGAUCUGCGUACCACCGCUCGCGGGGCUUUGUCUACUCACCGCUGUGUGCGUCGCCAAGACUGGAUAUUGUGCGCAAGUGGCACACCUGCCUGCUAGAAAAGGAAGAACGAAAAACGGAGGUGAUCACUUAAGCCUGGUGGGCACGAAGCACUGCAUCUCUAGGACUGUGCUCGUCGGUUUCCAGCCUCAGUGAUUUUGGUGGCGUGAGCUGCAGCUGGUCAUGCUCAGUACAACGGGUUGGUUUGACGCGUUUCGUGAGAACGGCGGGCCCACGCUGUACACGAGUGACAACCGAACCUCUGUGAGCGCUGACCACGCAGAAGUGCUUGUGUACCUCGCCUUCUUCACACUCCUGGUGGCCUUCCUUGCCAUUGUGCCAGGAAUACGCAAAGAACGCGUCAUCACAGUCAUCACCGUCAUCUUCAGCCUGCUUGUGGGCGCAUCCAUUCUGAUCGGGGUUCACGGUUCACGCUGGCAUGUGGGCCAAGGCCGGACGCACACUUACUACCGGUCGUUUUCGACAGAACGCCUUCGUGCAGUGCUUGGCGUACACGUCGGCCUGUACUCUGUGAACGUCACAUACGUGGUCGAACCUGGCAGCAAUGACAGCACGGACAUCCACUUCAACGAGGAGUUCGCCUGGCCCAAACCAACAUCGCUACGGAAGGAGUACCAUGAUGCACUCGCCAAAGGCUUGCCUUUUCCUAUUCUUACUGUGUUGGACUACCUCAGUCAGCCAUCCUACUGGACGCAAGAGGCCGGCGGUUUCCAAUGGGGGCGUAUGUACCGUCGUGCGGGCGACUGGACACAACUCUUCCUGUGGGCUGCAUUCGCUGCUUGGCUGCUCGCCGACGUGCUCUUGUGCGCUGUUCCACGCUAUGGCGCCUACUGCACGCAGCUCACCGGUGCACUGAUGGUGCUAUCGGCCAUCGUCUAUGGGAGCCUGCUACCAGAGAUGCCACUCGUCAUACCACUUGAAGGGAACAACUUCCUGCGCCUAUCUCUUGGAUGGAACUUCUGGCUCACUCUUAUUGUUGGCAUCAUGGCAAUCAUUUUCGGUGGCUCCAUGGCUGUGGUAGACGUCCUCUACCCGAGCAAGUUCCCCACAAUCCUGGAGGUGGACUACGACACUCCAUACCGCUAUUUUGUUGCGCAAGGCAACCAGAGCAGUCGCAACACGAGUGCUGCUAACAGCACGACGAACACGCCGCUGCCGUUGCCACGAUAUCAAAAGAUGGGAAACAGCAACGAGUACAGUGGUCCUUCCUCGAGUGGCCUGAACCAACUUGGAAGUGAAGAUGGGGACUCCAUCACGCACAUAAUCGAUGACACAGAAGACGGUAUUGAUAACGCUGCCUUUGAACAGGAAAGCGACGAUGGCUGUGUCAUGGUUGACGGCAAGCGUGCCGUCACGUUGCAGGACUUCGGCAAGUUCGCCGACCGUGCACAGAGCCCCGCAGGAUCUACGGCUGGUUCUGUGGCAGCCAAGAGGCGUGUCCUCGGCUCUAGCAUUGGAUUUAACGUCAAGGACAUCAGCAUAGACAUGCACACCGACUCGUCCAAGUGGUGACAUUUUUUGCCGCUUUGUCGAUUCGAGAACACUGUGCUGCGCAGAUGUGUCAUCCACCACUACAUUUCUAGUGUGCAUAUAGGUGCUGCCUAGUCCAAAAAUGCUCCUACAAACAUGCAAACACAGGUCGGCCUUUUUAAAUAUGCUUAGGAAGCUCGAGGCUACCACACAUUUCGUGGCGCUUCGAAGCUGCGACACUUGAGGUAUUCGGCGUGCCAAGUUUUGCAAAAUAACUCUCUCGGUACAUUUUACGGGUACAGAAAGAGAAAGAACGCAAGUAUAGCUUCACGAAGUCACAUUGGUGGUCCUACACUUCUUACUAGUUUUUGCUUGAUGUCAUAAUGCGGAACAUCUGCUUGAGAACCCAUUAUUCUAAGUACAUCCCUUCAACUGCUCAUGACACUAAGCCUCCUUUCUUUUAUCUUACCCAAAGUUUUCACCGUCAUAUGAUUCAUUCUCAGUACAAGCUUCACAUUGCAAUUACAAUGACUUGUAGAUGCAUGUGUUGUGCCAAAUUGGCACCUGAAAUUGCAGUAAAAGCAAACUUGACAUGAACCAAGCAUAUCUGUAUGUGUAAAACGGCAAUCAAAAUGAGGGCGUCACCUGUGAGAACACACUGUCUUAGCGACCUUGCCAUCAUGCUUCCAGGCACAAAGCUGUGAUCAGUGACCACAAUGGUCAAAUUUUAGUGUCUUGCUUGUUUGUAAAGUGCCUGUGUGCUCAGAUCUAGUCGCAUGUUGGUGAACCUGGGUGAAUAAAAAUCUUAAAGCAGUCCUAAUUGUUUCAAGCCUCAAAAAGAGAUGAUGGUUUUGAUUCGUAAUGCCUCAUAAUUUACGAAAAUUCUUCUAUGCUUCAGAAACAAAAAACUUAGUUGGCUUACAAUAUCUCGAAUUUCUUAUUUGUCUGUUAUUCAUGCUUUUCUUGGCAGCAACCACUAAAUUUAUACUAUGCGUGAUUUUCAACUGUUCUCGCCUAGUCAGGCGUCAAUUUCAAAAAGUUUAUAGAUGUGACAGUGAAAGAUGGAACAUUUUUUCUAGCGAAUGCGUCGCAAAUAAAGCACGGUCGCAAACCAUGGAACGAAGAAGGGACACACAAAACGACGUGAGUCUUGCGACCAUCAUGGUUCAUGCCAAGCAGGCUGUGAUUACAAGCUGUUAUUCGACCUCGAAGACAUAAUUCAGGCACUUUUCGUCUUUCCUAUCAAAGUCAACAUCUAGAAGCAAGUGCUUUUUCGCUGCGAUGGUUGGGAUCAAAUGAUCGAGUAACAACCAGUCAUUUGUAUUUAUUCAUUGUCUCGAUGACAGUUGCUUAUAUAUAAAUAUAAUAGGUUUGGUAAACAUGUACACGAAAAAUGAAAAAACUGUGUUUUAGGUGAAAUAUUCAUAAUCAAACUACCAGAUAGGCAGGUGCCUAGAAAACAGGAGAUAGUCACUGUAUUAUACAUUAUGAAGACGAUUCAGCAGCAAAGUAAAAGAGUUAUUUAUGACUCAUCAUGGUAGCCUUUUGUAACAAGUCGUCUUGCUUGCAUCCACAACGAUUACAAGGGCACCUCUUUCAUACAUAUUUCUGUCGUGCCGUGCGCCAUAAGACCUCUUACCACUGUGCAUUGUAAAACUUGGUGGCAGGCACUGCAAGGGCUGUUCUUGCAGUAUGGGCGAUAGGCAAAACAAGGCUUUGCGCCAUUAUAUUUUUCCUUUCUGAAAAACUGAGUAUGCCGCAGGCUGUGAUGCCCUAUAUAUUUUCCAUAUUAACAUCUGCACUCAAAAGUGUGUUUUAAAAUAAGUUUAACUUCUAAAGAGCAGGUCUUUGAAAAAAAUAUAGCUGUGACAAGUUACUGCUACCUUGGUGUAGAAUUCGCGUGCCUGCCUGAUACAGCUUUUGUUGUGUGUCAGAUACCUGUGCAUUAUAAGUGAGCAAAUUGUUGAAAUUUGAAGUGUGUGAAUGUGAAAUUUCUAACUUCAAAGCAAAUUCGAAUUAUAAAAACUAUGUGCCACUAGAAGUGAAUAUUCUUUGGAUAUUUUUAAAUAAGGCUACUAGUAUAACUACAGACUUUCGCGUUAUAUGUUUGUUCUACAAAUCAGACAUGAAAAAGCAAGGUUGUACUGGAAGUACAAGGCAAAUUCAUGCAUUGUAUUGUGCUUGGCUGUACGUCAUGUGCAGUUAUUAGAUCUUGUAAUGAAGGACGAGUAGCUCUGUGCUAUGUUCAGAAAACAGCUGCAUCAUUGUGCACAUAGCCAUUCUUUAAGACAACAGAAACAACUACCCACCAAAUACCCCAUUGCAGUUUCGUUAGUUAUGGUGACACAGUUUAAGUUUCCAAGUUUGCUUUUUCAACAGAGACUCUUGCUGGUGGUGAAGGUACUAAGGCACUCGGCUGCUGACACACAGGUCGCUGAAUUGAAUCCCAGUGCGGCGGCUGCAUUUUCGAUAGAAGCGAAAUGCUUAAGUCUCAUGUGCUUAGAUUUAGGUGCAUGUUAACCCCUGGCGGUCAAAAUUUACACAGCCCACCAUAAUGAUACCUAUUGAUCAUUUCAUGGUUUAAGGACGUUAAACCCAAACAAAUAUUAUUAAUAUUAUUAUUAUAUUUUUUAUCAACAGGCUCAAGUGAUAGGCAUGAUGUUCACUGUAGGUGCGUUAUCUUUGCAUAACCGAUAUACAAAUGCUGGGUUUUCUAUGUUUUAUAGAUUUCUUGUUAAUUUUUUCAUGACUUCCCAUUUGUUUCGGUGGCAAGCAUCAUUACAUUUCUAGUACUCUAAUGCAGAUUUGUAAUUGCCAGCAUGCACAAUAUGAAGCCCUGCGUUUUACCAUAGAAUGCCAAAACAACACCUUCUAAAGCGCACCAAAAAGCGGAACUUGUCGCAAUGAAAACUCACUUGCCGAGUCUUUUAAAGUCAUGUGCUGUUUGAAUAUUUCGAAAAAUGAAAGUGCUGUGCAGUCAAAAAACCAACUAUUGGAAUAGAGUAUCAAAAAUAUCGGAUAUUAGUGCUUGCCUCAAGGAAAGUCGACUUUAUUUUAGCACAGGGAUUUCAGUAUUCCACAUUAUUAUAAUACAAGGCCUAUAAGAAACUUGAUAUGCGCACAGUUAUGCUGAAACACCUUAAAAUACUAAUCAAAGGUUUGUGAUUGCCUAAAUAUUGCACGUUGCGAUAAAUAUUAUGAGCAAGUUAUAGAUAGCAGUGUAGGUAAGUACCCAAGGCAGAUCAAGUAGAAGUCGACAGGCUUGCUUUAUAGCAGGUCAAAACAAUGGCUUUCCAUGAAUCUUGUGUACUUUGAAUAGGCCUUACUAUUGUAUAAACUUGGUUUGGCAAAAGUGUGACUGUAGUCAAAUUAUUUAGUUAAAUCUUGAGGCUUGUAAAACACUGAAAAUGAAGCUGAAACUUUUUCAGAAUCUAAAAUUGCAAUCUAGCAGUAAGUUUUGAAAGCUGCUGAAGUAUUUUUUUUCUUUUCAACUAAGGGGGUCUGAAAAGUGAGCAAGGGUACACUGGUCCUCCCAAGUGAGGGUGAUACAACUGUAGUACUGGGAGACUAUGGUGAGCGGCUGAUGUGCAAAUGCAGAGCAAUUAAGUUUGAAAGGUCGGUCGCAUAAACCAAUGAUUAAGGAAAGGAACCAAAGUAUAGGAACAUGUAUGGGGACAACAAGGAACUCCUGGUGCUUGAAAGCGCUACCAACGAUUCAAUCAUAGGCGCAGCGGCAGCCUAGUCAGGAUAAAUGUAGGGGGCGUGACUAGGGGGGCUGUAGGGGGCGUGACUAGGGGGGGGUUCUAAUUUGGUAACAACACAGAGCGCGCUCAACGAAAAUCUCGUCUGUGCCAAAAUAAGAAGCAGUUUGUCGCAUUUUCGCUCAUAUAUUUUUGAAUGAACUUUGCUAAAUAAAUUGUAGUGCCGUGAUAGUUCAUGAAUUCUAGUUCUUCACACCAUUGAACCAUUUAUGCACCAGCUGGGAAAUGAAAAUUUCUUCAUCGGAUCAGGAAAUUGGCAAGAUAGGGUUUUGUUAGAUCGAGUUUAACUACAUACCAUUGUGAGAAAUUCACAGGCUUCGGGAUAAUGCCAAGAAAUCCUGCAAUAGUUCAGUAUAAAAUUGAAAGGGUGGACUUCACGUUGGUCGCUUCUCAGCCAUACGGCCUGGAAGGUGAGACCUAUCAAUUAUGUGAUCAGAAAUGAUUGUUUCAUUCGUCAAUGACUUCUUGCAGGUGAGUACGAAGAGUGAUUGUUGCGAAUUUGUGUUGCUGAAUACACCAACAUAGUAGUUGUACAGUGUUUUUUUAUGGUUCGCGAAAGGAGCUCUGAUUUUCAUGUAAGUCUUCAUGGCUUUGUAAUAAUAUUGAGUCAUCGAAUUCAUUUGGAUGUUCUGUAACCGUCUGGUUAUUUUUAUUGUGUUUUGCUACCACCUACAGCUUGUGCAUGUAUGUUAUUUAUUGCUGGCACUCGAGGAGUUGUCUUUACGUGACGCCCGUCGUGUACGAGAAACGCAAACUGUGUUGUGUAAAAAAUGGCCCCUGAAUUAGUGCGUGAUAAAUGACUCUAGUCUAUACUGUGUCUGAGAUAAGCUUGUUAGCGAGAAGUGGUACUACGAGUGAUCACAUACACUGAACAUGAUGGUGCACUUUGUUAUUAUGUGAGAACAGCAAGCGUCAAUGACUGGUACUGUCAUUCUGCGUUUGACGUGCUCAGAUUGUGUUUUGAGAACUUUGUUGUUGUGUCUACUAGCACACAGGCUAUUAAGACUUGGUCGCACUACCCAGCAGAAAACUGGGAGAAAAACGUACUGCCGUUGCGAUCAGUCCAGACGUACAUUGUCCAUGUGCUGGCAGCUGCAGAAGCUAUCAGCAAAUAUUGUCAUCGAGUACGUCUUCUGAAUGCAGAACAACUGAUGCGAGGAGUGUAUUGGUUUUCUAACUUUAAGACUGUGGUCGCGUUUUGUUUUCGAUGUCAUUUUGUACGUUAUCAGUUGACUGUCAAUAAAAAUGAUGUUUUCAUA